AUGUUUGGUCCUGAUUGCAGAAAUUUCUCAACCAACCAUCAGUCAAUAGUAACUGCACGCAGUUUAUUUGAGCAGUAUCCGCAGUACAGUUCACCUGAACAUGGUCGUUCCGUUCCUCCUCUUGUUAUUCUCCGUGUCGAACCACUUCCUUUGUCUUCUCUCGGAGCCAAAGAUCCUGAAGUAAAUACAAUGGAAGCUUCUCUCACUCCUACAAUGUUUGUGACCCACGAAAGAACUUCCAAGUACGAGGCAUUCAUGAGCAGAGAACACGGUUCUAACUUACCUUCUCACCUUUUCCAACUUAUAGCGGCACAACGAAAAUUGACAUUGCUCUCUAGUCACCAGAAGGCAAUGAACGAAGAAGGAGCCGAAGCAGCCACAGCCACAGGAAUUUCGAUCGUGACAAAGACACGUGUGCCCUGUAUUGAUGCCGAUCAUCCAUUCCUCUUUUUCAUAGUCACUGACAAUGGAUUUCCAGUAUUUGUGGGUCAUGUGAUCAAUCCAAUGGAAGGAUAA